AUGGCGAUCAAAGUGCCCGCUGGUCAGGCCCCGCCUUUCGAGACGGUAGACGACAAGCACCAUGCCGGUAUUAUCAUCAUCACAGCCGCUAUCUGUCUGAUGAUCUCGCUGGUCUGUCUACUGAUUCGAGUGUAUGUGCGGAAAUUCCUCAGUCCACCAUGGGGAUCAGACGAUAUCGUCCUGUUGGGAGCAACGAUCGCCGCGAUCAUCGAGUCGAUCGUCAUAUUUCACGCUGCUAGCAUCGGCUUUGGGACUGACAUGUCACUACUCACCCAGAAGGCCGUUGAUCGCAUACAAAAUUCUCUCCUCGCCGCCGAUAUCCUUUAUCUCUUAACCUUGUACCUAUCGAAAUGCUGCAUCAUCGCCAUCUACUUGCGAUUGACGCCUCGCACGCGCCAUAAGAGCGUCCUCUGGGCAACAUUCGGAGUUAGCACAGUAGGGAUUAUUGUGUCCGUCUUGGUUAUCGCAGUAAACUGCGAGGGGAACAAGCCAUGGCUCGUACCUAGCGAGCAGUGUCAUAAUCUAUUUCCGCGCUGGCAAGCAAUCACCGCGCUCGAUAUUUCGACCGAAAUCUUACUAUUUACCUUCUCCAUCGCCUUGAUCUGGGGUCUACAGAUGCCCAUCGCACAUAAAACCGUGAUCAUGGUAUCCUUCGCGGCGAGAUUACCAUUAAUACUAUUCUCAGCCCUCCAUCUCUCCAAGCUCAAAGAAUAUACGGCGAUCAAAAACCCAACCUUCAACGCAAUUAAUCACACGAUCUUCACACAGCUCCACCUCAACUACGCCCUGGUAGCGUGCACAGUCUUCUGCCUACGCCCCUUCAUGAAUGCCCUGACAACCUACUAUGGCACAGCCGGUGACUCCUACCUCGGCAGCAGCAGCGGCUAUAUAUACGGAUCCAGUGGACAGGGGGAUACGGACCCCUUUGCAUCUGGGAGGUCGCGGGACUACGAGCUGGGGAAUCUGAAGGGACGGCCUGGGCGCCGUAUGAGCGGCAUGCUCAUAGACAAACCUAAUGUCGGCGAUGGGACGGAGAAUGGGACGGUUGUGUGUGAGGCUGCGGCGCCGGCGCAGUUGGGGGAGGGAAGGUCUGGAGGGGAUCUACGUAGUACGCGUAGUGGAAGUGACGAGAGUACGAGGAUGAUUAUUCGGAAGGAGGUAGUGUAUUCUGUUUCUGUGGGACAUUCAUAA